AUUCCCUUCUCCACCUUUCAAAGAAAACAAUGUCAAAUAUUGUUAUUGUUUUCGAUUUUGACAAAACCAUUAUCGAUUGUGAUAGUGAUAACUGGUUGAUUGAUGAAUUAGGUUUCACUGAUUUGUUCAAUCACCUUCUUCCCACAAUGCCUUGGAAUUCAGUCAUGGAUAGGAUGAUGAUGGAGUUUCAUUCACAUGGUAUUACUAUUCAAGAGAUUGAAAAAGUUCUUCAUAGGGUUCCAAUUCAUCCCAGAAUCAUACCUGCUAUUAAAUCAGCAUAUGCUUUAGGAUGUGAUUUGAGGAUUGUUAGUGAUGCAAAUAUGUUUUACAUUGAAACUAUUUUGAAGCAUUUGGGAAUAAAGGAAUGCUUCUCGGAGAUUAACAGUAAUCCAGGUUAUGUUAACCAAGAAGGAAGGGUUAGGAUUUCACCUUAUCAUGACUUUAACAAAACUUCACAUGGUUGUACUAAUCCAUGCCCUCCAAACAUGUGCAAGGGUUUAAUCAUUGAUAGAAUUCAAAACACAGUUAGUGAAGUGGAUAACAAGAGGUUCAUCUACCUUGGUGAUGGUGCUGGUGAUUACUGUCCUAUCUUGAGAUUUAGAGAAAGAGACUUUGUGAUGCCAAGGAAGAAUUUUCCAGUUUGGGAUUUGAUAUGCAAAGAUCCAUCUCUUGUUAAGGCUGAAAUUCAUGGUUGGAGUGAUGGACAAGAGUUUGAACAAGUUUUGAUGAAAUUGAUCAACAAAAUUAUGAUUGAAGAAAAUGCUAAAUUCAUUUCAACUGAUUGCAUGCUACAAUCUCUAUCAACUUCAACUCCUGUGUUUGAAUUUGAAACCUUGCCUAAAGCUCUCUCAGUUAGACCAUAGAUAUUUAGUUUAACUAUAAUUACAAAUGUAUCUAUGUGUUAUUUCUUUUGUCCUUAUUGAAAUUAACAUUAAUUAAACUUUUCUAGGAUUCAGUUUAGCCCUACAUCUUGUAGAUUAUUUAUAUUCGUUUCAAAAAAAUCUAUCGAUAAUCCUAUUUACUAGAGAAAGAAACAUCCCUCAAUGUACGGCGAAAAUUGCUUAGCGGUGCAACUGAAGAUGAGAUUAACCUU